CUCAGUGGAGCGAGCUCUCGAAUUCUGUUGGCUUUCUCCAUCCUCUUUUUCGCAUCGACCUAGAGCGAGAACGACGGAGAUGGCGUCGGCGGUGAGGAGGAUCAAACUGGGGUCGCAGGGUCUCGAGGUCUCCGCCCAGGGGCUGGGCUGUAUGGGCAUGUCCGCCUUCUACGGCCCACCCAAGCCCGAGUCCGACAUGAUCGCGCUCAUCCACCACGCCGUCGGCGCCGGCGUCACCUUCCUCGACACCUCCGACAUCUACGGCCCUCACACCAACGAAAUCCUCCUCGGAAAGGCACUGAAGGGAGGGGUGAGACAGAAGGUGGAAUUGGCGACCAAGUUUGGGAUCAGCUUCGCCGACGGGAAGAGGGAGGUCCGGGGCGAUCCGGCGUACGUGAGGGCGGCUUGCGAGGCCAGCUUGAAGCGGCUCGACAUCGACUGCAUCGACCUCUACUACCAGCACCGUAUCGACACUCGCGUCCCCAUAGAAGUCACUAUCGGAGAACUUAAGAAGCUCGUUGAAGAGGGUAAAAUCAAGUACAUCGGUUUAUCCGAGGCCUCUGCGUCCACUAUCAGAAGAGCACAUGCUGUUCAUCCUAUCACAGCGGUGCAAUUGGAGUGGUCGCUGUGGACAAGAGAUGUGGAGGCAGAAAUCAUUCCCACGUGCAGGGAGCUUGGCAUUGGAAUUGUUGCCUAUAGUCCUUUAGGACGAGGAUUCUUUUCUCUAGGCCCCAAGUUGUUGGAGAAUGUCUCCAAGGAUGAUUUCAGACAGUACCAACCAAGGCUCCGGCCAGAGAACUUGGCUCACAAUGCAAAGUUAUUCGAUCGAGUGAAUGAAAUUGCGCAAAGAAAGGGAUGCACCCCGUCGCAGUUAGCCCUCGCCUGGGUACACCACCAGGGCAACGACGUCUGCCCGAUUCCCGGCACGACCAAGAUCGAGAAUUUCAACCAGAACAUUGGAGCUCUGUCUGUGAAGCUUACACCGGAAGAGAUGGCGGAGCUCGAAUCAAUUGCAUCUGCGGACAAUGUCAAGGGUGGCAGGUUCAAUAGCAGCGUGUCUACAUGGGAAAACUCUGAAACUCCACCCCUUUCGUCAUGGAAACCUGCUUAGAAACAUGUCUGCUUCUGUCGCUGCAUCUUUGAUAUGCAGAGUUUGAGCAUCUGCUGCUGAAGUAUUUUGAGGCUAUGUUGGGUAGCUGUGAUAAGUAUGUGUAAGAAGAUGAGAGUACUUGUUAUCCUGUAAUAAAAUCUGAAAUUCAGAGAAUAACUGUUACCGUUUUGUAAAAGUGACAUUUGCUAUGAGAAGAUUAUACAUGUGUAUCGCGAUGA